CUAGUUCCGCCCGAGCAGCUGCGGACAACAACACCAGGUGACACCGAGCACCGUCCGCUUUCCCCCCGGGACACAGGUGCGAUGAAGGCCGUCAUCCUCGCGGCCGGCUACGGGACCAGGCUCCAGCGGGACGUGUCGGUGGACCGCAGCGGGAGGUUCGAGCACCUGGUCGGCGGUGCGAAGCCGCUGCUGCCGGUGGGCCGCUGCGCACUGAUCUCCCACUGGGUCCGAGCGCUGACCGCUUCCGGUGCUGUGGACUCUGUGUAUGUUGUGACCAACGCUCUGUACCGAGCUGCGUUUGAAGACUGGGCCGCACAUUUCACUAAUGUCCAGGUUGUCAGCGAUCAGACGAGAAGCAAUGAUGAGCGCCUUGGGGCUGUGGCCUGUCUGCAGCUCGCCGUGAAGCACUUCAAGAUAGAAGACCACGUGAUGGUUAUUGGAGGUGAUACGCUUUUUAAAGAAGAUUUCAGCCUCACUCAAGUGAAAGAGAAGUUCUCUGACUUCCAGGCAAAGUGUGACGACAGCUGUCUAGUGCUGUCGUACCAGUGCAGAGAUGAAGAAACCCACAAGUACGGGAUUCUGGAAGUGGACAGUGAACUUUGUGUCCUCUGCAUGAAGGAGAAGCCUCUUCCUUCUGAGACCAAGUCCAGGAGAGCAUGUCCUUGUUUCUAUGUGUUCUCAAAGAAAAGUCUCCCUCUGCUGGAUACAUUCCUUGAGGAGAAGGAGAAAGCUCCUAUCGAAGAGAAAGAUGCUCCAGGAAACUUUGUGUCUUGGCUCAUUCCGAGGAAACCAGUGUAUGUUCAUCAGAUUUCUGGGCGUUUUGAUGUUGGAAACUUGCCGUCCUAUAUCGACUGUGACCUUUACUUCAAAGAAAACCUUCAGGAUGCAGAGUCUUACAUGGUGUAAAAACCAUCACGUUUAUUAUUCCCUGUUGGUGACUUUAUGAUCAAGAAUCUGUAACAGGAAAACAAGAACUGUGAAUUUUAUUAAAAUCAUUCCUCACAACCC